GGCUCUGCCCGUGACGUCACUUCCUGCGGCACGCAGGAAACAGGCUCCUAGUUCACGCGAUAACAAUAGGACAACGAAAUUCUCGGUGGGACUUGCAGUCUAUGGCGCCACCCCCAUUGGGGUGUCUGGGAGCGUGGCGUGGGCGGGUCCGCUCGUCGUCGCCGCCGCUAGCGGUUGAUACCAAUGGGCGGGGAGAGAGCAGGCAGCUGUGCGGGUGGACGGCUCCGAAGACGGCCGCCCGCCCUAGACGCGGGGGUCCCGCCGGCGCCGGGGGCCGGGAGGGGUGGGUGCGUCCGCCAUGCUGGUGGAGGCGGAGGGCGGCGACUGAGCGGCGGGAGCGCGGCCGGCGGGCCGGGGAGAUGCCGACCCACUGCGCGGCGGCGGGCUGCGCGGCCACCUACGACAAGCACGCGGACGUCAGCUUCCACAGGUUUCCUUUGGAUCCUAAAAGAAGAAAAGAAUGGGUUCGCCUGGUUAGGCGCAAAAAUUUUGUGCCAGGAAAACACACUUUUCUUUGUUCAAAGCACUUUGAAGCCUCCUGUUUUGACCUAACAGGACAGACUCGACGACUUAAAAUGGAUGCUGUUCCAACCAUUUUUGAUUUUUGUACCCAUAUAAAGUCUAUGAAACUCAAGUCAAGGAAUCUUUUGAAGAAAAACAACAGCAGUACUCCAACCGGACCAUCGAAUUUAAAAUCCAACAUUAGUAGUCAGCAAGUACUACUUGAACACAGUUAUGCCUUUAGGAAUCCUAUGGAGGCAAAAAAGAGGAUAAUUAAACUGGAAAAAGAAAUAGCAAGCUUAAGAAGGAAAAUGAAAACUUGCCUACAAAAAGAGCGCAGAGCAACUCGAAGAUGGAUCAAAGCUACGUGCUUGGUGAAGAAUCUAGAAGCAAAUAACAUAUUACCUGCUGGCACAUCAGAACACAUUUUACCAACUGCCUUAAGCAGCCUUCCUUUAGAAGAUUUCAAGAUUCUUGAACAAGAUCAACAAGGUAAAAUGUUAAAAAUUUUCAAACUCUAAAACAGACCAAGAGUACCUUCAUUUACAAUUACCCUGCAUAGAACUUGAUGCCCAUCCUUCGUUCCAGUCAAAGGUAAAGAUAUUUAACGCAAUUACGCCAAAAGUGGGUAUUUAAUAGUUUUACUUGAAGUACCGUUACUCCUGUAUAAUUUAUGAAGAUGUGAUUACCAAAAAAAAUGGAAAACUUCCUAUGAAACUUUGAAAAAGAAUGGAAGUGCCUUAUGUGAGAACUACAUACUUAAAAAUUUUGUUAGUAAACUGUAUUUUGCAAGGUGUUUUGUGUUUUUGUCUUUUAAAACUACUUUUAAAGAACACUCUAUGACAAUGUGUUUAAUUUAUAUUAGGAAAUAUUUUUUCCUGUACCAAAGUUGGGAUAUUACAUUCUAAAUAAGAUGGUAAGUAGGAGUUAACCAACAUUGAAUAUGACUUUAGAACUGCUAGGGUUUGUAUUAAUUUAUUAUUGGCACUGUGAUUUGGAAACUUUAGAGGAAAAAACCUGAGGUUCAGGGAAAAUUCUUUUAUUUAAACUUUCUGUAUCUUUUUACCAGUAAAAGUGAGCUAAUUGUGGCCUCCUUCAUAAGAAUAUUACUUUUAAAAUAGAUUGUAUUUUGAAAUAAUAAUUUUGAAUGUGAAGUACCCUUGAGUCAUCCAAGCUAGAUAAGGCCUCAGGUACCUUAGACUAGUAAAAAGUUGUAGUGAUUAUAUUCACCUUCUAAGAAAGUAUGUCGUGAAAUUAUGCAGAGAUGGGGAUCUAGCUUUUACUUAAAAACAUAAAUAUACUAUUUUUCUCAUAAUAAAAGUAUUACAUUUCCAUUUUCGAAAUUGAUGCAUUAAUAAGCAAACAUGCCAGAAAGUUCCAUUUUAGGAAUAUUCCCUCUACUCCUGUGUGUGUCGAUAGCAAAACUCUUAAGCUUUUUUUUUUUAUGAACCCACGAUAGAAUUUAAUUGUAGAAAAGUAUUUAUCAUAUCUUCACAACUUGUAACUUAAAAUGGAAUCAGUUUAUCUUACACAUCAGCUUGCUUUUUAUAUCUCCUUUUUCAGUGAGUGUCAAAUAGGGCAACCAUAGUGCCUAAGCGAAUGAGAUGUGGUUCUCUCUGAUAAAGCUAUGCACAUGCUAAUUAAUUUACAAAUAGAAUAUCAGAACUAUUCUUAUAGUUGCCACUUGAACAAUUGAACGGUUUGCCUUAUUUUACCAGAUAAAGUUUAAUAAGAACCCUUUCCUUCAAACAGCUUUGGUCAAAUCAUGUAAAAAUUUAUUAAUGUGUAAUCAAGUUAUUCAAUCCUGAUUCGAGCUUCUGACACUGCCAUAUGAAAGCAGCAUACACCUAAUCAUAAACUGCUGUAAAUCUUUCCUAUAAGGUAAUGGCUAUUUGAUGAUGAAAAAGACUUUUUAAAACUUUUUUAAUGAUAUUUGCUUGGAUCCUAGCAACAGUCUUUUGACAGUAUUAGCACGCUUUCUUUUAAUAAGGGGAUUUACAGAGGCAAAAGUAGGAAAAAUCUCUUUUAGUUAUCAUCAGGCACCUUAGAACAAAUAUUUAUGAAAACCCUUUUGUGUAUAUUGUAAACCUUGUUAGUCAUUUUAUCUUUAUCUUAAAUAUUGAUGUAGCUCCUUGGAAUUGUCACUUUUUUUUCCUAAUACGCUUUCAAAUAUCUUUUCACCAAUAUAUAAUCAUGAGCAAACACUAACUGUACGUAUUUUAUACCUCAAAAUAAGUUGGGCAAAUAAUCAUUUAAACGUAAACUAUGUUUUCCAAGUAUAAACCCUCAUGGGGUUCACCGCCCCUCUCUAAUACAAAAGAGAACACUAACUAAUGCAGGCUGGUUCCCAUCUACAGUAAUAGCUUGAUAUCUUAAUAUAAUGUUUUAAAAAUCACAAAAACGAAACAUUCUAAAAUACAAGCUUUUGGCAAAGUUAGUCUUCAUUCAUUAUUAUUUGAGAACACUGAUUAAACUACCACACAGUAAUUUCAAAGUAAAUUUUUUUGCUGUUUUCUCCAUGUCAUUUUUAUGUUACUGUCCUGAUAACAUGCUCCAAACUCUCCCUGCAUCAAAUUAUUUUAUUAACACACAUCUGUCUACCUUAAAACUACUUUCAUUCAUAGAAAAAACCUAAAAGCAAUCUUUUAAAAUCCUGUUUUCAGGGGCCGGCCCCAUGGCUGAGUGGUUGAGUUUGCACACUCCGCUUUGGUGGCCCAGGGUUUCGUGGGUUUGGAUCCUGGGCGCAGACAUAGCACUGCUCAUCAGGC